AUGUCUCGUAGGUCUAGGAAUCACAAGCAGACGUCGGGGAACGAACCCACGUUCUCCGCGUGGCAAAUGCCGGACCGGGGAACGGUAGGGUGUCCCGGAAGCGCAACUUACUUCACCCGCGGCGGGUCUUUCAGCACGGGCGGAAUACUUUGUCCUACCCGGUGGCGCUCAACAACACGCGUCCUCUUUGCGGGGGAAUGACCGCUCGAAAGAAGGAAAUAUAUAAACUUAUCGUUGGAUUUUUUGUACGAUAAUUCGCCUUGCUUUCAUGUCCACGGUAAUUGACAGACAAUAGACUCACAAUGCACCUAGGCGACUUCGAGAAGGGGCUCGAAACCUCCAAGGAGGUCAACGUCACGAACCAUCUUGAAGCUGAGGUCUACAACUGCGUCGUUCGCGGACAGGUGCCGAAGGGGCUGGAUGGCACCUUUUACAGAUACCUGCCGGACUUUCCAUGGUCACGGAUCGACCAUGAUGACGUCUUCAUCAACGGCAACGGUUGCAUUGACGCUGUACGUUUCCAGAAUGGCCAUGUUGAUUUCAAGCAACGCUAUGUGCGGAUGGCGAAGUUCGUUAUCGAAAGAGCAGCGCGUCAGGCGGUGCUUGGCAAGUAUGGAAACCGGUACAUGGAGGACCCUCGUGUAAAGCACAUGAUUCAUUCCACCGCCCACAGCAACAUUGUCUACUAUCAAAAUCAGCUACUGGCUACGAAAAUGGACUCUCUGCCAUAUGUUGUCGAUCCAGACACCAUGGAGACAAAAGGUGUCUAUGACUACAACGGCCAAUACAAGGCACCCACUCACACGGCACGCCCGAAGAUUGACCCGCGUAACGGUGAGUUGAUCACCAUGGGCUAUGAGACUAAAGGUGAUUCCAGCCCCGACAUUGCCUACUACUUGUUCGACCGGAACGCCAAGAAGCUUGAGGAAUGUUGGGUGAAGGGUCCCUAUGCCAGCAUGAUCCUUGAUGUGGCGGCAACGGAUAAGUGGAUCGUGUUCGUUCUCAAUCCGCUGGCCGCAGUGCCCGUCGAGAUGAUGCACACCGUCCAUCAUCACUUUGCUUGUGACCCGCAGAAGCCGGCGGUCUUUGGGGUAUUGCCGCGUCGCGGCCCCAAGCCAGAGGAUGUCAAGUGGUUCCAUUUUGAAAACACCUUUAUCGGCCAUACGGGCAACGCUUUCGACGGCGAAGAAGGUUGCAUAUACAUGGAUACCUCAGUCAAAUAUGAAAAACUAUUCUGGUCCUCUUCCCCCGAACAAAGGAGCAACCUACCGCUGAUGCCACCAGAUCCGAGCAAGCACAAGAAGGGCUCUUACGUGCGUUGGCGGCUCGAUCCGAAUGCGAACGAUUUAUUUGUCAAGCCCAUCGAGCUGAUAGACCUUGAGGGUGAUACGCCUAAGAUCGACGAGCGCUUCCAAAUGCAACCGUAUAAGUCCCUCUUCUUUAACACGCAUGUCGGCGCGCAUAAGGAAGGCCCAAAGGGUGCUUCAUGGAAUGCCAUUGCGCGGUGCGACGUGGAGACGGGCAAGUACGAUAUAUGGAAUGCGGGGCCGGAUACAGCCCUGCACGGAGUGGCCUUUUCACCUCGUGGUUCCGAUGGUGAGCCCCACGUUUACUCCUCAAUCCACGAAUCUCCGCUAACUCUCUACUCUACGCGGAGUCCCUGAAGGUGAUGGUUACCUUAUCUCUAUCGCUAACCGUUGCGACACCCAGCUAACCAGCAUUGUAAUACUGGACUCAGCACGCGUCAGUGCGGGGCCUAUUGCAGUCAUUCAGCUGCCCUUCA